AUGAUGGCCCCGCCUCCGAAAAACUUAGCUCAACGCCAUCGUAACCUUGCGAACACAAAUUCCAUUUCUGAGUACGAGGCCGACCUUACAAGUAGCGAUCGUAACAAACAAAAAAGAGCAUUGCGGAUUUUUUUGGCAGAAAAAGUUAGAAGUGAUUGGUCAUUUCCUUGGCCCCCAGCCAAGGAUCCUAUAUCAGAAUCAGAGGAAAUAUCAACUUUGCAAGGUACAGACCAGAAGACGUCUAAAUUCACUGAUUGUGAGUGGAAAGAGCGUGACGAGUGGCUCAGUAACCUGAGUGAUGUUGGAGAGAAAAUUUUAUCUAACGCGUCAACCUUGCCCUUGUCACCCAAUUCACCCAUUAUUUCGUUAUCGAAUUCUUCUGGUAUCGAAAAAAUAGAGGACUCUCUCAAAGAAAAAAGGCGAAUAAUUAAAGAAAGUUAUGAAAAAGAAUUAUUGUGGAAUGAUGGACUUCGCUGUUUCACCGCUCGGCGUGAUGCCUGGACUCAGGCGCGGGUCACUUCACGGCCAGCACUCAAGUCUCCAACAAGUUUUACUCAAGUAGAAAAUGAAAAUGACGAAAAAGAUACCGGUAGCAAAGAGCUAGAAAUGGAAUUUGUGCUCGAAAUUCCCAUUGCAGCCUCCAUUAUCCCCGCUGAAAAUUUCGUUCGAAAAUCCAUCACACCUCGUGCCUACAGUGUUAUAUUUGAUAAGGUUGUGAUGAAUUCAAUAGUUCCAACAUGUCCUAUUAACUUAAGAGAUGUGACUCGUAGCUGUGUCGAAGGCUGGAAACGAAAUGGUGAAUGGCCUUCCUCAUGUAUUACUGAAAGCCUACCUCGCAAAGAGGGGACGAGAAUGAGCACAGCGAGUUUAUUUCCGGGAUGCGAGCCUGAUGAUAAUUCUUUGCGUAGCGAAAGUGUUCAGAAUGUUGAAAAUUAUGGUUCACUAGACCAUAAAGAUAAUGCUGGCGAUAUUGAAGAGAGCUACUCCAAACGAAAAAGCUUGGGCUCCUGCUUUAACAGGAUACUGGGACGAGGAUAA